AUGCACGGGGAGCACCACGGGGAGCACCACGGGGAGCCCAGCAGCAACAAAACUGGGGCAAACUCACCCAGGGAGCUGAUGAAGCACAAGGAGUUCAAGUCUCAGGAGGUCUACAAGCCCUCUAAUGUAGAUCAGGAUUUCAGGAAAAAAAAGGCUGUUGGUUCUGAAGUAACAGCGCUGCUCCACACCAGUGGAGACCAAGGUUUGCCCGGAAAGGCUUCCGAGGACAUCGCGGUGCCCCGGGUGUUCGCCCCCCCGCGGGGACACGGACAGGGAGCAGCUCCGGUGCCUCGGGCUCCGGUGACGCUCGGGCGCUGCGGGGCCGAACCGCCCGCGGGUCCCGCCGCCCGCGGAGGGUCCGGGCUCGGCACAGGCGCCGUCCGCCCGCCCGUGCGGGACCUGUUGCCCUCACACACCGGACCGGCCGCGCGGGAGGACGCGGCGGCCACACCGCGACACCUCCGCGCCUCCCGCGCCCUCCCCGCGCCUCAGCCCGGGCACGGGGACUCGGUCCCGCACUGCGGCACCUCAGCCCUCCCUCAGCCCGGCGGUGCCCCGGGGAACCUUGCCGGUCCCUCGCCAGCCCUGCCAGUGCUCCGCAGCCCGAGCGGAGCCCGCAGCUGCCGUUACCCCCCGGCGCUCACCUGCCGCCGCUCCCUGGGAUGCUCCCGCAGCCGGAGCCGGAGCGCAGCCCUCACUCGCCUGCAGCGGCCGCACCGGCCGCCAGGGGGCCCUCGCGCGGCGCGCCGGGUAAUGUAG